AUGGGGGACGAAACAAAAAUCGAUCCUUCAUCUCUAUUCUACCUUGGUUCAGGUGAUCAACCCGGAAACCUAAUUUCUCACGUGAUUUUGAAGGGUGAGAAUUAUCUACCAUGGUCAAGGGAUAUGUCCCUAUCCUUGAAAUCUAGGCGCAAAUUCGGCUUUGUAGAUGGCACUAUCUCCAAACCUACAGAGAAAAAGAAGAUGCUUGAUUGGAAUACGGUAAACUCAAUGUUGGUAUCUUGGAUUUUGAGGGCUAUUGAGCCGAAAAUUGCUGCCUCUAUUCCGUACUUUGAAGAAGCUAAACGGCUGUGGGAAUACCUAGAGAAGCGCUACUGUGAAGCAAGUGGUCCUCGCUUGCAACAAUUGAGGGCAGCAAUCACGAAUUGCAAGCAUUUUCCCAACAUGACUGUCGAAGAUUAUUACACCCAAUUGAUGGGCUAUUUUGAUGACCUUUUGCGCCUUAAAACUCCACAUGGAUGCAAGUGUGGCUCUUGCUCUUGUGGUGUUGCUGCUGCAUACGAGAAGGACAGGGAGGAGGAGAUUUUGCAUCAAUUUCUGGUUGGUAUUGAUGAUGCCAAGUAUGCUACGGUCCGCACCAAUCUUCUCCCUCAACAGCCCCCCGCAACUCUUGAUCGUGCUUAUCAAGCACUUCUUCAAGAAGAGAGUUCUAGGAGUAUUGCUCAAACUCAUAACACUGUGGCAGGUGAGGAUGCUCAUGUGUUUGCUCUUCCCUCGGAUCGUAGACAAUUUCAGUUGCCUAAUCGGGUUGACAAAUCAAAGCUUUAUUGCCAUCAUUGCAAACGGCAAGGACAUGACAAUGCUGGCUGUUUUGUGCUCCUCGGCUACCCUAACUGGUGGCUGGAGAAGUAUGGAAAGAAGGGUCGUGCCUCCCCUUCUGCUGCUGCUGCUUCUUUCUCAGGACAGCAGGGUGCUACCUCCAAAGGCCCUGCUUCUUUCUCGGGACAGCAGGGUGCUUCUACCUCUGCUGCUGCUGUAUCCAACUCAAGCAAACCCCCGGUGCGUGCAAAUGUCGUGGGCUGCUCUGGGGACUCCCCUCCUAUUCCGCAAGAUACUCUUUCUGCUCUCUCUGAAUUUAAACCCGAGCAUGUUCGCCUUCUUUUGAAUAUGGUUAAUAACCAAAAAGAAAAAAUGAGUGGUGAGUAUUUUUCCCCAUUUUGGAUUAUCGACACGGGUGCGUCUCACCAUGUUACGGGGGAUGCAACUUGUUUGAUGAAUGUGACUGAUAUUCCUCCGUGCCCCGAUGGUGCACAUGCUAUGGCUACGAAGAUGGGAAGGGACCAACAUUUGGGGAGCCUGAUUAGAGGCGGUGAACGAAUAGAUGGACUAUAUUAUUUCUGGCGACUUCCCAAAGUAUGUGCGGUGACGGAUCAAGAAGUGUCUACAUUUGAGCUCUGGCAUCGUCGUAUGGGACAUCCGUCGGACAGAAUUGUCAAGUUAGUUCCUGCAAUUAGUGCUAGUUCUAGUAGCAAACUUUUGAAUAAAACAUGUGAUGUUUGUCCACAGGCUAAACAAACUCGGGAUAGUUUUCCUGAUAGUGAUAGUAGGGCUAGUCUUACUAUGAAAUGUGUGCGGAGUAAUAAUGGGACGGAAUUUAAACACAUGAUUCCGUAUUUUGAUGAACAUGGCAUUCUUUUUCAAACAUCUUGUGUUGGUACACCACAACAAAAUGGCCGUGUAGAACGUAAGCAUCAACAUAUUUUAAAUGUCAGUCGUGCUCUAAUGUUUCAAGGCAAUUUGCCACUUACUUUUUGGGGUGAGUGUGUACUUGGGGUGGUUUAUUUAAUUAAUCGUACUCCUUCUCGUGUCCUAGACAAUAAGACUCCAUUUGAAAUGCUUUUUGGUGUUGCACCUAACUUUGAUGAAUUAAAAGUGUUUGGGUGUCUUUGCUUUGUCCAUAAUCAAAAGGCUAAGGGUGACAAGUUUGCACCUCGUAGUCGGAAGUGUGUGUUUGUGGGCUAUCCUCAUGGUAAGAAGGGAUGGAAGGUGUAUGAUUUGGAGUCGGGUGACAUUUUUGUUUCUCGUGAUGUCAAAUUUUUUGAGAAUGAAUUCCCUUUUGCGGAUGAUAGUCAAGUGGGUACGGACACUAUGUCUAAUGACAAUGUAGGGGUUGACAUUGAUUUUUUGGAUGACCUUGUACAUAUUUUAGAGAUUGGUGAGGCCACCCUUGAUCCCGAGCCUCAACCCGAGUUGCACAGCCCUGCUGCCUCCCCUGUUACUGCUGCUUCCCCUGCUGACUCUGCUCCCUCUUCCACAUCUGCUGCUGUUGGCAGCCUGGACUGCAGCCCCAUCGCGGCUUCCAGUACUGCCCGCAGCCAAUCUGCUACUGCAGGGACUGCUGCCCGCCACCACAACGCAGGACAGUCAGCUGCUGCCACUGCCAGUGCUCCGGAUAGCAGCUCCAACGCUGAUCCGAGCACUCACUCUUCACCUCCUCUUAAUUUGAGUCGUGAUCAACGCAACAUACAUCCUCCUGGUUGGCACCGUGAUUACGUCGCACAUACUAUUUCUCUUCCGGGUCCAUCUAUCUCUCCGAGUUCAUCGUCUUCUCCAAGCUCCUCAGGUACUCCCUAUCCUUUAGCACACUAUGUGAAUUGUGACAAAUUUUCUAUGCGCCAUCGUGUCUUUAUUGUAGCUAUUGAUACGGCAGUUGAGCCUCGUAAUUUCAAAGAGGCUAUGCAACAUGAAGGGUGGAGGGAAGCUAUGCAAAAGGAAAUCUCCGCAUUGGAAGAUAAUGAGACUUGGAUUAUGGCAACCUUACCUCCGAGGAAGAAAGCUCUCGGAUGCAGGUGGGUUUAUAAAGUGAAACAUAAUUCGGAUGGCACGGUUGAGCGUUUAAAGGCUUGUCUUGUUAUAUUUGGCAAUCAUCAGGUUGAAGGUAUUGACUACAAUGAGACAUUUGCCCCGGUUGCUAAAAUGGUCACAGUUCGUGCAUUCUUAGCUAUUGCUGCGGCGAAAAAUUGGGAACUUCAUCAAAUGGACGUUCAUAAUGCCUUGCUCCAUGGUGAUCUUGAUGAGGAAGUUUAUAUGAAACCACCCCCGGGCUUCCAUACUUCUAGUUCUGAUUCGGUCUCACUAGUAGAAAAAGUGUAUGUUGAUGAUUUAAUCAUUGAUGGUAAUGAUUCUUCUACUAUUGCACAAUUCAAAUCAUAUUUGAGUGACUAUUUUCAUAUGAAUGAUUUGGGUGUGUUAAAGUAUUUUCUUGGUAUUGAGGUUGCACGUAAUUCGGAGGGCAUAUUUUUGUGUCAAAGGAAAUAUACUCUUGAUAUUAUCGCAGAGUCUGGUUUACUAGGGGCACGCCCGGCAGGUACCCCUAUUGAGCAAAAUCAUACUCUGGCAACUUCAGAGACCCCUCAGGUUGCAGAGCCCGAAAUGUAUCGGCGUCUUGUGGGUCGUCUGAUAUAUUUGUCUUUCACUAGACCUGAUUUGGCAUAUACUGUUCAUAUUCUGUCACAAUUUAUGCAACACCCUCGUCAGGCUCAUUGGGAGGCUGCUCUGCGCACAGUUCGUUGGUGUGGUGCGGAUUGGGCUAGUUGUCCUUUGUCGCGCCGUUCUAUUACUGGUUGGUUGGUGUUUCUUGGUAACUCUCCUAUUUCUUGGAAGACAAAGAAGCAGGAUAUUGUUGCUAAAUCUUCUGCGAAGUCAGAGUAUCGUUCGAUGUCUAAGGCCACUGAUGAGUUAAAGUGUCAAUCUGCGUUGUAUAUUGCGCAGAAUCCGGUCUUCCAUGAACGUGCUAAGCACAUUGAGGUUGAUUGUCAUUAUGUCCGGGACGCAAUUCAGGAUGGGAUUAUUAGUACGUCAUAUGUGAAGACAACAGAUCAACUAGGGGAUAUUUUUACUAAGGCGUUGGGCAAGUCUCAGUUCUUAUACUUACUUGACAACCUUAGUAGCCAAACUGGUGUACAUCUUGGGUCCAAUAUGCAACCUCUAAGAAAUCUGCAGUCAAAUAGCCAAACUGAUGAAGAAGUUACUUCUCGUCUACAACCUCUUAGAAACCCGCACUCUAAUAGCCCAAUUGGUUCAGAAUCUAUGAGGAAGAAGCUCAAAGAGGCUAGCCCUUGCCACAACAAUUACCCUCCUAUGUUUCCUCGCCAUUCUCCAGCAAUUCUAAAUUUCAAUGGAGUUGAAUCUGGUACUAAGCAACAACAGCAGCUAGUGGUAGGCCUGGAAGCUUCUGCAAGUAAUAAUACUAAUGUUGCACUUGAUCCUUCCCCUUCUGAUGCGGGAGCAAUAGACCAAUAUGGAUCCAAUGUUAUUAUAGCUUGCGAGCCUUGUGAGAAUCUUGAGAGAUCCACAUCACCUUCUAAUCCUAGAAGUCUCCCGUCACAAAGCUUGUUGAAUCCUGGUUUUAAUCGAGCCCCAUCACAUCAGUUGUUGCCUCGUUUCGUUUCCCCAAAUCAACCAGGAGUAAGCUCACAGCAAAGGCCGAGGAUUCAACAAUCUGAUCAUGUGAUUCCCAGUAUUGGAAGGCCUCGUUUGAUUUCCCCAAAUCAACCAGGAAUAAGCUCACAGCAAAGGCCGAGGCUUCAGCAAUCUGAUCAUAUGAUUCCCAGUAUUGGAAAUCAGCAGGGACUUGCAUACCCUCAUUCAGUUAAAUCUCAUCAAGGAGGCAGUAUCACUUCUUCUAACAAUAUCCUCGCUAGAGCUUUUCAAGAUGGUCAAAAAAUAGGUGAUUCGAACAAUAAGAUGCUGGAUGAAGUGAAUCCACUGGUUCAAAGUUCUUUGAGCUCAAGAAAGAAGAUCAAAGCUGGUGAACAGUCCAAGGUACCGGUUAACAUGGCUGCAAGGGAAGGGUCGUCUGCUACUGAUAUGCACAGAAAUGAGUUUACUACAGAAUAA